UGCCAGUAGUCCUAUUCUGUAAUAAAUAGACUGUAGACAGCAGCAGGGAGGGACCUGGGUGUUGUGAGGAACUGCAAGAGGUGCUCAGUGUGAUCAGACAUGCCGGAAGUGGGAGCAAACGCAACGUCAGGAUCCCAGAUCUUUACUUUGCUUCUAUGGACAGCUCUGAGCAUUGCCAUGAUUAUAAUAGGGUCAAUGCAUGUAGACAAUUGUCCAGCUGAGCCGAAGAUUCCUAUCUAUCUAAUAGUAGCCGGUAGCUUCCAUUUACUGGCAUUUGUUCUCAUCCCAUUGAAGUUGGCGGCUGAAAAAGUUGCGUAUAGCAUAGAGGGGAUACUGGGUCUAUUUUCUUUCUGCUGGUUUAUAGCAGGCAGUGUCUGGGUGUUCAGAAUCUACCAGUACCAGCCCCGGGCAUGCAAUGAUAUGAUGUAUACAUUUGCCUUUGGAAUUUUGAUCUUUGAGUACAUCUUCAUUGCCUUUGUUGUAGCUGCUGUAUGCCUUUGUACGCUAUGCCUUGGCAUCCUGGUAUCAUCAUCAGACCUUGAAUCUUCUCCUGUGAAUCAGUCACCUGAAGAGCAAAGUGUUCUACCAAAGAACGCCGCCUGAAGAGUCCAAAAUACUCUGGGUCCAGUGAAGAUUAUCCUGAGCUAAAGAGACUUAACUAUAAAGGGAGGAAGACUGACACUGGGUUGUUUUGAUGUUUAUUAUCCAAAAUAUUAUUAUCCAGUGAGGUUCUGUAAUAUUUUUUUAGAAACUUUUGCAUUGAAGAUGAUGGAACCUUGAUAAAGAGUCAAUGUUCUGCCACUGGGUUAAUUAUGUCUUUGAUAUGUUAAAAGUUAGUUUGUUGCCUCAUUAUAUACAAUAUCAUAUUUGAAGAUUUUAAGACACGUACAAUCAAGGCUACAACUGUUACAUAUGCUUCCAAUUAUGAAGUCUAAGAUAUUGUUGGGAAUUCCUACUGAGAUGGAUUUGUGGAGUGGGCAAAUAUGAAAUGUCAGAGAUGGGGAAGAAUAAGAUGUGAAUAAAUUAGCCUAUUACUCAUCAAAAUACAGUAAGGGCUAGUGGGUGAAUGACACUAUCAUUAUAUAAUAUAAAGAUAUGUAUAAUAUAAAUACAAAUUCACUGGUUUAUAUAUACUGUAUAUAUAUUAAAAUGAUAAAUAAGCAUACAA